AUGUCUCCGUCCGUCGCCGACAGGCCCGGGAACUCGCCGGUUCCCUUCAUAAUCAACGGCAAGGACGUCCACCCGGAAAGGACAUUCGAUGUGGUGUCGCCGGCAACCGGCAAGGUAAUCCAUGCGGCCGCCAGCGCCAGCGAGGCCGAUGUCCGCGCAGCCGUCGACUCGGCCGCCGCAGCCUUCCAAAAGUGGAAGACAGCACUGCCGAAGACUCGCCGCGACAUCCUACUCAAGGCCGCCGACGUCAUGCUGGCGAGGAACGAUGAGCUCCGCGACUACAUGUCUGCCGAGACGGGCUGCCCGCACAAGUGGAGCAACCGGAACCUCGAGAUCGGCCGUGACUUUCUCAUUGACGUUGCCGGUCGGCUGAGUGGCCUCGAGGGCAGCAUGGCCACGCCUGAACAUGCUGACUCGGGCGCCAUGGUUCUCAAGGAGCCCUUUGGUGUUACUCUUGCUAUUGCCCCUUGGAACGCUCCCUACAUCCUCGGCGUCCGCUCCGUCCUUUUCCCGCUCGCCGCAGGCAACACCGUCAUUCUCAAGGGUUCCGAACUGUGCCCGCGCACCAUGUGGGGGAUAUGUUCCGUGUUCCAGGAGGCCGGCCUCCCCGACGGCGUGUUGAACCUGCUCUUCCACGAGCCCGCCAACGCAGCCGCCAUCACCCAACAACUCAUCACACACCCAGAGAUCAAAAAGAUCAACUUCACCGGCAGCACGGGCGUAGGCCGCAUCAUCGGGCGACUCGCAGGCGAGCAGCUCAAGCCAGUCCUCCUCGAGCUAGGCGGCAAGGCCCCCGCCAUCGUAUGGGAAGACGCCGACCUAGACAACGCCGCAACCCACGUCGCCACCGGCGCCUUCCUCAACUCCGGCCAAAUCUGCAUGUCCACCGAGCGCGUCCUCGUACACAAGAGCGUGCACGCCGAAUUCGGCACCAAACUAACCGCCGCCAUCGACCGCAUCUUCGGCGGCGCACAAAGCGACCCCCUCGUGCUUAUCAACGCCGUCAGCGUCUCCAAAAACAAAAAACUCCUCCACGACGCCGUCGCCAAGGGCGCCACCCUCCUCUACGGCGACGCCAACGCCCAAGAAUCCUCCGACACCCGCAUGCGACCCGUCGUCGUCAGCGGCGUCACGCCCGAAAUGGACAUCUACCGGCUCGAGAGUUUCGGCCCGACGGUCUCGCUGCUGGAGAUUGAGACGGAGGAGGAAGCGUUGCGGAUUGCCAACGAUACCGAGUAUGGAUUGUCGUCGGCUGUGUUUACGGAGGAUUUGCGUCGGGGAUUGAGGUUUGCGCGUGGCAUUGAGACGGGUGCUGUGCAUAUUAAUAGUAUGUCGGUGCAUGACGAGUCGGCGCUGCCGCAUGGGGGGGCGAAGUCGUCGGGGUAUGGGCGGUUUAAUACGGCUGUGGGGUUGGAGGAGUGGGUGAGGACGAAGACGGUUACGUUUAAGUGGUAG